AUGGAGAAUCGGAAAGCUGUCGGACCGGACGAGGUGCCAAUUGAAGCGUGGAAAGCGCUGGGGGCUCAUGGUGUGUGCAUUCUUACUAACCUUUAUAAUAGAUUCCUGAGCGACCGAAUAAUGCCCGAUCAGUGGCGGCUUAGUAUAAUAACGCCGGUCCACAAGGGUAGGAGGUUCCGUUCAGGAUUGCGGAUCCGACAGGAGUGUACAGUAUCGGACUCCCAGUAUGGUUUCCAAACUGGACGCGGUACCAUCGACCCUAUAUUCGCCCUAAGGAUCCUCAUGGAGAAGCACAGGGAAAAGAAUAUGCCUCUGCAUUUUUUAUUCCUAGACCUACAUAAGGCCUUUGACUGUGUUCCUAGGGAGAUGAUCUGGUGGGCGUUGGGGUCGAAGUUGUUACCAGAGACCUACGUGGAAAUCGUACAUGACAUGUACUGCAACUCCGAUUCAAUAGUCAGGACCGCUGUUGGUGAUACCACCCCCUUUCCCAUAACCGUAGGCGUGCAUCAGGGCUCCGUCUUAAGCCCCUAUCUCUUCAGUGUGUUAUUAGACGAACUGUCAGGCAGCGUACAGAAACUACCGCAGCCUUGGCUGCUUAUGUACGCUGAUGAUAUCGCACUGGUAGAUAGGGACAAAGGACGGCUCACCAGACGCGUGCACGCAUGGCGGGAGGCGCUUGAGAACGGCGGGCUGAAGCUAAACGUGUUGAAGACGAAACCGCUUGAUAAUGUUACGUGGGCAGCUGAUAAAUGA